GGGAAUGGCGGCCGACGUCUAGAUAACUGUAAUUGUGAUGGAUAUACCAAUUCUAUAUAUACUCUCUCCAUAAGCAGUGCCACACAAAACGGUCAAAAGCCCUGGUAUUUGGAAGAAUGUUCAUCAACUUUGGCCACGACUUACAGCAGCGGAACUCCCGGUCGGGACGACAACAUAUUGAGUGUGGAUCAGGACAUGACUUACUUUAAAAGUUUAGAAAGUGGCGGAACUCCUGACACCUCCAGAUUAUGCACGCGUUCACACACUGGCACUUCUGCUUCGGCUCCGAUCGCGGCGGCGAUCGUCGCACUGGCAUUAGAAGCCAAUCCGGCGCUCACGUGGAGAGAUCUGCAGCAUUUGGUUCUGUUGUCGUCCCGUUACGAGCCGUUACGUCACGAAAGCGGUUGGAUUACAAACGGUGUCGGAAGAAGAGUGAGUCAUAAAUUUGGUUACGGACUCAUAGACGCCACUCAAAUGGUUCGGUUCGCCGAGAACUGGACUCCAACUCCUACUCAACGAGUUUGCGAAACACAUACCGAAGACACUGAACGCGAAAUACCUGUCCAUCCGAAGCGCCAUUUGGAGGUGUCGUUGACGACCGAAGCGUGUCGUGACUCAUCCAAUGAAGUGAAUUAUUUAGAGCACAUUCAGGCGAAGAUUACACUUAAAUACAAACCGCGCGGAAGCCUUAAAAUAUCACUCAUCUCUCCUUCGGGUACUAUUACUCACUUACUCUUUGCCCGACCGCGAGAUACAGACGAAUCCUCGUUCACUAACUGGCCGUUCCUUUCGGUCCACUUUUGGGGCGAAUCGGCGGUCGGGAAGUGGAAACUAAUCAUCCAAAACGACAGCCGAUCGCCGGCCCGUUCGGCCGGCAAAUUGAUUUCAUGGUCGCUGACAUUCUAUGGCACUUACGACAAACCCGCCAGUUAUCACUUCACACCCAAUCAGACCAUUCAUUACAUCCCUCGAAGCGCCACAAUUGAUAAAAUGAGCGAAUGCUCUAAACGUGGAUUAUUUCAGGCCUUCGACUCAACCGAAUGUCACACAUCGUGUCCAUCUGGACAGUGGCCUAACCAUCAGUUGGCUGUCUGUGAAAAAUGUAGUGCUGACUGUCAGACAUGUUUUGGUCCGACCGGUGAUAAUUGCCUCUCAUGUCCUCCAGACAAACUAUUUUAUGGAUACCAUUGUAUCAAACAAUGUCCGGAUCAGUACUACAAUGACUCUAAGCUCAACGAAUGUCUUCCUUGUUCUUCAAACUGUGAAAGAUGUGAUUCUUCGCCAAAUGAGUGCAUUUCAUGCAAAGACACUCUUAUUCUUAACGAUAGACACAAAUGCGUUCCAAAAUGUGAUUCUUCUGUUGACACUAAUUGUUUAAAAUGUCACAAUUCUUGUGCCUCUUGUUAUGGAAGUGCUAAUAAUCAAUGCCUUUCUUGUUCUUCCGGUCGAAAGCUGUUUAACAAUACAUGUAUUGACGGCGAGUGUCCGCAAUCGCACUAUCAAUCAGAUAGUGAUGGUCUUCAAUGUCGACGCUGUCAUAACACUUGUACGUCAUGUAUGGGACCAUCGCAUAAGGAUUGCAAAACUUGUUACCACAACUCGACGCUCACCUCCGAUGGUCUUUGUCUCAGUUGUUUAAGCGAUCAGUAUUUGGAUGCGAAGACAUCAAAGUGUGAAUCGUGUCAUAUUAGCUGUUCCUCGUGUAGCGGCGCCACAGAAAACGACUGCCUUUCGUGCAGAACUCCUUACGCUUUGGACAACUCUCGGUGUGUUUCCUGUUGUCCGCAAUACGCAAACGAUAUCAAAGGAGUGCCACAAGAGCUGAAUGACUGCUGCCAUUGUCUGUCUUCAGGCAAUAUAUGUCUAUCAAACGUUGCUAUCGAUAAAACUCGGAGCGUUUCCGUGGACUCGGAUUUAUCGGCGAAUAAAUUGUUUAGAAAUGAGAACAAAUUGGACCGACUCUUCCAAAAUCCCGUCUCAAUUAUAUUUACGAUUUGUAUUUCAGCCGUCAUUUUAUUCGCGAUUGUAUUUUCAAUCCUUCAGUUCAGUAAUGGUUCCCAAAGAGUCCAUAAACUGAAUGAAUACCAGAAGGUGUCGACCAGUUCUGCGAUUAGAUUUGAAAAAAUGUCUGAAUUAAUGGCCGACGACUACGAAGAAGAAGAUAGUCUAUUUGAGAAGACCUAG